AAUCACGCAUGCACAACACCUAAAUACGUGUUUCAUGAAAGAUUGUCACUGUUGCUGCUCACUGUAGUCAGCUGGGACCCUACCGUGCAUUCUAUCAAUACAACCUUCCCAAAUUCUACAAACUAGCAGCUUGAUGAACAGAUUAUCAAGUCUCUUAAACUUGACACUGAGGAGAGGAGACAGAGAAACGAAGGGAGACUGUAUAGAUUGCAAGGGAUUCACUCCCACUCUUUCAGUUUGAUGCAGGCUAACUUCACGCAUGCUGUUCAAUAUGUGUUCUGCUUUGUUUAUCUGUCUGCUCAUCCGAUUGUCUAAAAACAUUGGCGGGCUCCUGAGAAUCCACUCAGCUUUUCAGACUCAGAUUUAUUGGUUACUAUGAGUGAGAGCAUAAAAGUUGUGUGCCGUGUGAGGCCACUUAACGAGCAAGAGAAAGCAAACGACAGCAAGUUUGUGGUGUCAUUCCCCGGUGAUGGAGACACAACUGUAUCUCUUGGGGGUAAAAUCUUUAGCUUUGAUCAUGUAGUUCAGCCGAAGGCAUCUCAGUUAGAGGUGUACGAAGUUGUGGCCAAGCCUAUUGUUGCAGAUGUGUUGAAUGGAUAUAAUGGAACAAUAUUCGCCUAUGGUCAAACAUCGAGUGGAAAGACUUAUACUAUGGAGGGUAUUUUAGGUGACCCAGUUUUUCAAGGUGUUAUCCCGCGGAUAGUUGAUGAUAUAUUCAACCAUAUAUACCAAAUGGACGAGAACUUGGAGUUCCACAUUAAGGUUUCUUACUUUGAAAUAUACAUGGAAAAAAUCCGUGAUCUGCUUGAUGUUUCAAAAACAAACCUACCGGUGCAUGAGGACAAAGACCGAGUUCCUUACGUGAAAGGUAUCACGGAAAAGUUUGUUUCCACUCCAGAAGAGCUUUUCAAAGCGAUUGACGAGGGGAAGGCUAACCGUCAUGUAGCCGUGACGAACAUGAAUGAGCACAGUUCUCGAAGUCACUCAGUCCUCCUGAUCAAUGUUCGACAAGAGAACUUGGAAACUCAAAAGAAACUACAUGGGAAACUUUAUCUUGUUGACUUGGCUGGUAGUGAGAAAGUUGCGAAGACAGGCGCUGAGGGUACUGUGUUGGACGAAGCCAAAAAUAUUAACAAAUCACUUUCUGCUCUUGGUAAUGUGAUCAAUGCACUUGUGGAAGGAAGUUCUCACGUCCCUUAUCGUGACUCUAAACUAACUCGCAUUCUUCAAGAAUCUCUUGGAGGGAAUGCACGAACAACUAUGGUGAUCUGUUGUUCUCCUGCUGGUUAUAAUGAAGCCGAAACGAAGUCGACCCUAAUGUUCGGUAUGCGAGCCAAGACCAUCAAGAAUUUGGUAACGGUGAACGAAGAAAUUACGGCUGAUGAAUGGCGUAGGAGGUAUGAGCAAGAAAAAGAGAAGGUUGGUAAAUCACACACUAUUGUAAGUCAUCUGGAGAGUGAAUUAAAACGUUGGCGAGCAGGUGAAACUGUUAAUCAAGCUGAUUGGUUCACGGAAAAUCAAUAUGCUGGUGCCCUAGAUGAUACAAGAGAUUCGACAACUAGAUCCAGUGUCCCCAGUACACCUAUGCUAGACAGCGUCACUACUUCUACACCACGAUCUGCUGCUCUCACAAAUGCAUCUCCAGCGAAAAAUGUUGGAGAUGUACAAUUACAGUUGCUUUAUCAACAACUUGACGACAAAGGUGAUGAAAUAAAUAAACAAGCUGAGACAAUAGCACGUCUUCGACAGCAAAUUGAAGAGCAAGAUGUGAACAAUUCUCUGCGUACAGAAAGUGAAGGACAAUUUAAAGAAAUCACAGCUCUUCAGGCUAAAUACCAGUCGAGGAAAGAUGAAGCGAAAGAAGUCCUGCAAGCCUUAGAAGAAUUAGCAAUGAAUUAUGACCAAAAGGCUCAGGAGAUUAAUGCGAAAGCGAAAGAACUUGAAGAGACUCAGGAAACCUUGCUACUACAAACCAGUUUAAUGCAUAGUAAAGACUGUGAACUGUCACAGUUGAAGGAUGCACAUGAAAAUCAGAAGAAGAAAUAUGCUGAAAUGAUGUCUAGCCUGUUGAAGGAUCUAAUUGAUGUUGGUGAAUGCUUGAAUGAUCGAAUCACGUUUGAGGUGAAAGUUGGCGCCCUAAGCGAUAAAAUUGACGAGUCAAAAUCACGUAAGCGUCAAUUGCAGGAGACAGUGGAUAGCUUAAAUGCGGAGUUGGCAAAACUACGCGCUAAUGAACAAUUGAUCGCCAUAUCUGGUCAACAAAAUGAACAAAUAAUAGCUGAUCAGUCAGCGUUACGAGUGAAAUUAGAUGAAGAGUUUAGACGACAAUCAGAGUAUUAUGCUGCUCAGGUGAAAUCUCUUCGUAAUGAAUUAGACGAGAAACAGAAGAAGUUGGAAGAAUAUAAAGAUGAAGCUAAUACUUUCAAAUUACAAUCCGAGAAAUCACAGGAGGAGGUGAAACAGUUACGUGAAGAAUUGGAGACAAAGACCAAACGGCUAGACGUAUUUGAGAAGACAGCUGAAAAACGUGAACAGGCCAAACAGGAUCUGCGUGGUCUAGAAGAGACAGCCACCAAAGAAUUACAAACUCUACACAAUUUACGACGAUUAUUCUUCGAAGAUCUGAAUAGUCGAGUUAAAAAGUCUGCAAAUCGUGUGAAUGCACUGGCAGUGACUGAAAUGGACGCAGGUAACCAGGAAGGCGGCGAUAUGGUCAAUCAACAACAAAUCUCCGAAAGUCUAUUCAUGGAGGGUGAUGACGAUGAACCAGGCGAAGCUGGCUUACUGGUUCAAAGGCAAAAAAUUGCCCUCCUUGAAAAAGAUAAUGAUAAAUUAACUAAAGGGCAUAAACAACUCAUGCAUGACAACGCAGAGCUACGUUGUGAACUUGUUAAAGUGGAAAAACGUCAUAAGUGUACUCUGGAGCGUGUACACAGAUUAGAGUUAUCAUUGAAAGAGGCUAAGGAGGGGGCUAUGCGUGAUCGUAAACGCUAUGAAGUUGAAAUUGAACGUAUCAGAGGGUUGUCCGUCAACAGAAUAUCACUGGACGUCGUGGUCAAUCACAAAUCGCUAAACCUAUACGUGCUGGACAUCCACCAGUGUCCACUGCUGGCGGUGGUGGUGGUGGGACAGUAGUGACACGAUCACAUAUUCCAGGGUCAUCAUAAUCUCUCAUAUACCCGUAGUGAUGAUUAUUUUUCUAUAUAUGUACAUAUGCUUUCUUCAGAGUUUCAUCUAAGUAGACUGUUGGUGAAGAGCCCCUUAUGCUGCGUAUGGACGCGCGUGCAUUUGUGUGUGUAUGGAAAGAUAUCAAGCUCUUAGCAGAAAGUUAUGCGAGUACUAUUCCACAGACCUGUGUCUUUGUGUGAUGUUAUGUGCUAUUUGAUUUUUCUCUAUCUUUAUAAUAUAUAUUUUAUCUCACAUGGUGUUUUU